GGUGAAAAGAACCCCAUCAAAGAGUGAAAUAGAACGUUAAACCGUAAACUCUCAAGCAGUGGGAGGGGCCCUGGGCUCUGACGGCGUGCCUGUAGGCUAAACCUCUCUAAUAUUCUUUAAUUUGAAAACUACUUGCAUAAUAUAUUCAUUUACUUAUCUGCAAGGAACUAAUUUAGGUUUGUGCUAGGGGAGGAAGAACCUGCUAGUAGUGUGGUGAGUAAUUCGACCAAAAUCAGUAGGCUGGGCAGCUUGCCAAAUAAAAAUCUGAACCCCAAAGACAAAAAUAAAAAAUAAAAACUGGUCAAAAAGCUCUCAAAGCGUGUUAUCUAGUGAAGGUUGCAUGGUUUGUGCACUUGUGUGACAUGCACAUUUUCACACAUCAAAACAAGGACUAGUCUCAUUCCUUGCCACCUGUGUCCACCUAUUCCUCUCUACCUCACUACUUGGCACCCUGGGAUUAUUAUCUCCUUCCUUCCUCCACCUCUCUCUCUCUCUCUCUCUCUCUCUCUCUCUCUCUCUCUCUCUCUCUCUGCAAAACCAUGCCUCCCAAAUCUCACCAACUCACCAAAAUUUUACACCUUCGUAAGUCUUUCUUGCCCCGCCACUAUACUUACUUCUCUUGCUCUCUUACCCAUUAUUCAAAGCAUUUAUAGGAUUUCUGCUCCCUCCCAACCAAACCAAUAUCCAAUCAAAUUAGAAAUAUAACUAAACCCUAAAUUAGUCAGUGGCUUCGUUUUGUUUUCCAAUGUUGUUAAUGUUGCUAUUGGUUAGUUCCAUUUUGGUUUGCUAUGCUGGAAACUUGAACGGAGAUUUCGACAUUACAUGGGGAGAUGGCCGUGGAAAAAUACUCAACAACGGUCAGCUCCUAACCUUGUCACUCGACAGAGCCUCUGGCUCAGGCUUCCAAUCCAAGCACGAGUAUCUCUUUGGAAAAAUUGACAUGCAGAUCAAGCUUGUCCCUGGAAACUCUGCUGGCACUGUCACUACCUACUAUCUAUCAUCAAAAAGGUCAACAUGGGAUGAGAUUGAUUUGGAGUUCUUGGGGAAUCUGAGCGGUGAUCCUUACAUUCUUCACACCAAUAUAUAUACCCAAGGCAAAGGCGAUAGAGAGCAACAAUUCUACCUCUGGUUCGACCCCACCUCUAAUUUUCAUACCUACUCUAUCCUCUGGAAUCCCCAACGCAUCAUAUUAUCUGUUGAUGGCACACCCAUUAGAGAGUUCAAGAACCUAGAGGCAUCCAUUGGAGUUCCUUUCCCAAAGAGCCAACCAAUGAGGAUUUUCUCUAGCCUCUGGAAUGCUGAUGACUGGGCAACAAGAGGAGGGCUGGUCAAGACAGAUUGGUCACAAGCUCCAUUCACAGCCUCCUAUCAAAACUUCAACGCCAAUGCUUGCGUAUGGUCUUCUGGUGCAUCUUCUUGUAGCUCAUCAUCAUCUUCGACGUCAAGACCUACCAGUAAAUCGUGGCUCAAAGAAGUUCUUGAUACCUCAAAGCAAGAGAGGCUCAAGUGGGUCCAAAAGAAUUACAUGAUCUAUAACUAUUGUAUAGAUAUAAAGCGCUUCCCACAAGGCCUCCCUCCUGAAUGUAGAAUAAAACUCUAGAUGGAUGUAAUAAAAUAAGAAUUAUUUACGUUAACACCUCUGUGAUUUCACAUUACUUUCACAAAAACCCAUACCAUUAAUUUUCC